GGUCGCUCGCUUCCAGUUCGUUCGAUGGUGUAAAUAAGACCAGUCUGUAGCAGUGUGACCAACACAUCCGUAACAACUGGGCCAACAAGCGAGUUUAUCGAGCUGAAAGUUUACAAACAACGAUCAUCAUCACCGUCAUUGUAGCCAUCAUCGCUCGACCUGCAAUACUAGCAGAAAUUCAGGAAGAUCACGAUUGUGUCUAUCAACGUUGGAUUUCCCAGGACUGUGCUGGAACGACCACCCGCGACUCGCGACCCACGACUCGCGACCCGCAAUCGCAAGUUGGUCGGUCUGUCUCAUCAGUUGAUGGAAGAUCACCCGCGAGAGGUAACUCGAGGUCUCGCGGAGUCACGCACGCUUCGCUGCUCCGAGCAUUCGUUCUAGGCGUCACAAGCGAACGGUUCUGUGCGCGUCAGUGAUCAACACCGAUUGGUGGAACAAAACCAAACCGUAACGUUAUACGUGGUUAGAAAUGCUAAGAGUACCGUUCGGAGCGGUAUUGUUGUUGGGCGUCUUGGCUUUCUAUGUGGCCGCACGAUCUCCUGCAGCGACGGUGAAUGCCCAAGGGCCCUCGAAAAGGGUUAGUGAAGAUGUGGUGGCGGCGAUCAACAAUCUUGCGAUGGCCCUCUCGGAGCAGCUUGCUACGCGCUCCAGCAAAACGGAACUGUUCUCGCCGGUCAGCAUCGGCAGCAUGAUGUUGCUGCUGCUCUGCGCGGCGAAGCGGGGCAGUGGUACGCGCGACGAACUGCUCAGCACACUUCACCUUACCGAGUAUCGGAAACAGGCCGGUGUGAGCGUGAUCGGAAAGAAUUUUGGGCGCCUUUUGAAGGAGUUUACGUACGAUAUUGCUGGUCAGGGUAUACUGGGGGAGGUGCCGGCCUGGCACGCGACACGAAGCUGCAAUCCGAUGGUAGAUGAUGCCGAAUACGACGACGAUGAUUUUCCCGAAGAUCCACCGAUCGAACCGAACGUAGUGCAGCUGGCGAACGGAAUCUUUCUGCAGGAAGCGCUAGUAAAUAGCACCAACUUCGCCAAGAUGGCCAAAGACCUGUACCAAGCGCAGAUCACGCACGUCAACUAUCGGGAUAGGCCGGGCGAGGCACGUACCACCAUCAAUCGAUGGGUGAGCGAAAGCACCCGUGGUCGAAUCCAGGAAAUUAUCGCCGAAGAUUUUAGCCCCGCGACGCAGAUGGUUGUGGCCAACGCGCUCUACUUUAAGGGUACCUGGGAAACGUUCUUCAAUGAGCCACAGUUCACGCGACCCCAAACCUUCUUCCCCGACGGGGACCAGAAUCCUCCGGUCAUGGUGCCAACCAUGUUCGCGGGCGGUUGCUUCCCGUACUACAACUCGGACGAACUGGACGCCCGAAUCAUGGCCUUCCCGUACCGCAACCGAACCACUUCGAUGUAUGUGAUUCUCCCGAACGGUUCCGAUCGGGCCAAGCUCCGUCAGCUUCAGUCCCGCCUAACUUCCACGGUACUCGAUCAACUGAUCGGCCAGAUGCGCCUCCAGAAGGCUAUCGUGCAGUUUCCACGCCUACACGUGACCAACUCUUAUGAUAUGAAGCAAGCGCUUCAGCAGCUGGGCUUGCGGGCGCUGUUUAAUAGCGCCAAAAGUAAUCUGAGGGCACUGCAAACGAACAAGGAGGCUGAUCGUGCCGCUAAUCUGCACGUUAGUGAUAUGCUGCACAAGAUCGACCUGGAGGUAAACGAGCGGGGAACCGAGGGCGGCGCCGUGACGAUCACAGCUAUGGAGCGAUCGUUGCCACCGGUAAACUUUCGCGUCAAGGGCCCAUUUCUGAUCGCCAUUCGGCACGAUCCGACCAAGAUGCUGCUAUUUUACGGUGCGAUUUUCGAUCCAUCGUAAGCAAACUCUCGUAAGCGCCUCGUGUUAUGCCUUAUCAGUUAUUGCUUACAACGAACCGGAACCGUGUACUGCGCAGUAUUUGAGAUUCAGCGUGCGGAUCAAUCAUCGAAGGACUAAUGCAGUAGAGAGAUUAAAUCAAUUAUUUAAAAUAAAUAAAGUCGUGGCUGGAUGAUUACGCUCAUAAGCCACGCGUACGACUGCGAAGCAAUACUUAUGUUUACACCUCA